AUGCGUGCAAUCUGUCUUUUCGUCAACGAGGAUAACGCCAAGUCUGCGUUUCCACCUGUGGUGCUGGAGAUGCUCGCGCGGAUGGGACAGAGAAUUGGAGUUUCGUCCUGGAUGCUACUGAUUCCUGUGAUUUCUGCGGCAUCCUACUUCCUUGGUCCAGGUUCUCGUGUCAAAGUUGAAGGAUUGGACUGGCUGCAGAAGUUGAUCCAUUGGGGCUUCGUCGUUGGUGACAGUGGCCAUGGAAAAUCCCAGGCGCACAAUAAGCUGAGCGACAUCAUUGACUCGGUGGAAGGCGACAUCAAUGAAGCCAAGAAAGAUGCGGUUCUGAAUGGAAAGAAUCCCCAACUGUACCCCGAAGGUUCCCCCGACCUAGAAGAGCUGCUCGAUAAAGUUCAAUUCGCGAAGAUCAAGCUCGACGGUGCCGUCAACUUCGAGCGUCUAUUUCAAUUGCUCCACUUCCAGCCAGACCACAGCGGAAUGCUUUUCCUGGAGGAGGCUCACGUGUUCUUCGAGAUGAUGGACACUAUAAGAAGGGCAACUCAGAUCGUGUCAGAGCUUUGCAACUCAAGGGUGGAGCCAAGUGAGGAAUUGGACAUGGACGACAAUGAGCAGGAAAUGGUGGAGGAGGACAACAACCUUCUAAAGAAGGCGGGCGGCCACAUCGCACCUACUAUCCCGCCCUCGGUAGAAUCCACUGCGCCUUUCAUUCGGAAAGGCACUGACGGACCCCUUUCUCAGGAUGUGGGGCGUGGGCAUAGCUCAGAAGUGGUCGAAGAGAAGGUUGGAGUCGCAACAGACACACCAACUGCAACGGCUGGAGUCGUCCCCCCUUCGCCCAAUGCGGUGGACGAUGCACUCAAGGCCCAGACCAAGCCCUCUGACGUGAACGGCCCGCAGUCGGAUGGACUGCGGAAGGGAAACGUAGAACCGAAGAGGGCGCGCAGGGAGGAUGUGCAAAUUGAAGAUCUCCGGAGUGAAGAAGCGGAGCUCGACGAACGGCAGAAGGGAGGAGUGGCUGAGGGGCCACGUGGCAGCAACAGGAAGCAGUGCGCGUCGUGCGGGGUGACUCAGUUGAGGCGGUGGUAUGGCGCCUCAGCUGGCGUGCGCAAGUGUAGCGAGUGCUACGGCAAAGAUGACGGUUCGAAGAAGAGAGCGCUCAUAGGGAGCGGCGGGGAGAAGAAGACUGUGCCUGGCGAUGAGGAAGGCGGGUCCGGAGUGCUCACGAAGAGUCGCAAGCAGCAACGGAAAGACGGUCUCACCGCUGUGGAGGGGAAGACAGCGGGCGCUGCUCUCGGGGGCGCGGAAGUACAGCCUGGAGGCGUUACGAAGAAGGGAAGGAAGGUCGGAAUAACGGACGGGGUGAAAAGAGAGGAGGAUGAAUGA